UGUGCCCGCAGACCAUCGUGGAGGGCCGGCUGCCGGACGUGAUGCUGCCGGUGUGGUUCACCAACAGCAUCGACGUGGUCUCCUCCUGGGUGCAGGACCAGAGCGAGGACUGCCUCUUCCUCAACAUCUACGUUCCCACGGAGGAUGGUCCCCUUACAAAGAAAAACACAGAUGAUUUAGGCGAUAAUGACCGCACGGACGACGAAGACAUUCGGGAGAGCGGCAGCCCCAAGCCCGUGAUGGUGUUCAUCCAUGGCGGCUCCUACAUGGAGGGUACCGGCAACAUGUUUGACGGGAGCAUCCUGGCCAGCUACGGCAACGUUAUCGUGAUCACCGUCAACUACCGCCUGGGCGUUCUAGGCUUCCUGAGCACGGGAGACCAAGCGGCCAAGGGGAACUACGGCCUCCUCGACCUGAUCCAGGCUCUCCGCUGGACCAGUGAGAACAUUGCGGCCUUUGGCGGCGACCCCCUGCGCAUCACAGUGUUUGGCUCAGGGGCCGGGGCGUCGUGUGUCAACCUCCUGACGCUCUCCCACUACUCUGAGGGCAACCGCUGGAGUAACUCCACCAAAGGUCUCUUCCAGCGGGCCAUAGCUCAGAGCGGCACGGCGUUGUCUAGCUGGGCUGUGAGUUUCCAGCCGGCCAAGUACGCCCGCAUGCUGGCCCGCAAGGUGGGCUGCAAUCUGCAGGACACGGUGGAGCUGGUGGAGUGUCUCCAGAGGAAGCACUACAAGGAGCUGGUGGACCAGGACAUCCAGCCUGCCCGCUACCACAUCGCCUUUGGACCCGUCAUCGAUGGCGACGUGAUACCAGAUGAUCCCCAGAUACUCAUGGAGCAAGGCGAGUUCCUCAACUACGACAUCAUGCUGGGGGUGAACCAGGGUGAGGGCCUCAAGUUCGUGGAGCUGAUCGUGGACAACGAGAACGGCGUCCAGGCCAACGACUUCGACUACGCCGUCUCCAGCUUCGUGGACGACCUCUAUGGCUACCCGGAGGGCAAGGACAUCCUACGCGAGACCAUCAAGUUCAUGUACACCGACUGGGCGGACCGACACAACCCCGAGACACGCAGGAAGACCCUGCUGGCGCUCUUCACCGAUCACCAGUGGGUGGCGCCUGCGGUGGCCACGGCUGACCUCCACUCCAGCUUCGGGUCGCCCACCUACUUCUACGCCUUCUACCAUCACUGUCAGACGGAGCAGGUGCCACCGUGGGCAGAUGCAGCCCAUGGGGAUGAGAUCCCGUAUGUGUUUGGCCUGCCGAUGAUCGGGCCCACGGAGCUCUUCCCCUGUAACUUCUCCAAGAAUGACGUCAUGCUGAGUGCCGUGGUCAUGACCUACUGGACCAACUUUGCCAAAACAGGGGACCCCAACCAGCCUGUGCCCCAGGACACCAAGUUCAUCCACACAAAGCCCAACCGCUUCGAAGAGGUGGCCUGGACACGCUACAACCAGAAGGAUCAGCUCUACCUCCACAUAGGCCUGAAGCCUCGUGUCAAGGAGCAUUACCGCGCCAACAAGGUCAACCUGUGGCUGGAGCUGGUCCCACACCUCCACAGCAUCAACGACGUCACACAGGUCCUUCCCACCACCACCAAGGUGCCCCCGGCGGAGGUGACCAACCGGACCCCCAAGACCAAGCCGUUCGCCACCAAGCGUCCCAACCCCACGCCGUACCCCACCGACGCGCAGGACAGCCUGAACCAGCCCCACCUGGUAGACCAGCGCGACUACUCCACGGAGCUGUCGGUCACCAUCGCCGUGGGCGCCUCGCUGCUCUUCCUCAACAUCCUGGCCUUCGCCGCUCUCUACUACAAGAAGGACAAGCGGCGGCACGACGUGCACCGGCGCUGCAGCCCCCAGCGCAGCGCGGCCAACGACCUGGCCCACCACACCCAGGAGGAGGAGCUCAUGUCCCUGCAGAUGAAGCAGCACUCGUCGGAGCUGGACCCGCGGGGCCACUGCCAGGGCGGCAUCGGUGGCGGCGGCGGAGGCGGCGGCGUGGUGGUGGUGGGGGUGGGGGGCGGCGGGGGCAGCGACGGCAUGCACGCCCACGACGCGCUGCUGAGGACUGCCUGCCCGCCGGACUACACGCUGGCCAUGCGGCGCUCGCCGGACGACAUCCCGCUCAUGACCCCCAACACCAUCACCAUGAUCCCCAGCAGCAUGGGCGGGCUGGCGUCGCUGCACUCCUUCAACACGUACCCCAGCAGCGGGCAGAACAACACGCUGCCGCACCCGCACUCGCACUCCACCACCCGGGUAUAGCCCAGCCACGCCCCCCCCUCUCCUCCUCCUCCUCCUCCUCCUCCUCGACCUCCCCCCUCUCCCCCACCGUCGGACGACACGACGAGACGUACCAACACCGCAAGGCGAGGGAGACUCUGAGGGGCGGAGGUGGAAGUGGAAGGCCGAGCGCUGAGUGAACACGGUACAUCCAGAGCUUCGACAGGAAAAGGGUCAAGGGGCUGUCGUCGGCUGGAUGGAUGGAGACCGGGAUUCCGUCCUCGCCGGUGGAAACCUUUUACGGAAUUACAGGAUUUUAUUGGAAGCUGGAAA